AGGAAGUGCGUCGAUCACGAACCAGCCGGCUGUCCCUCGUCAUGCCUGACUCAUUUCCGUUUAUCAUACAUCUAGGUCCUGGCAACUGGGCUUCCCGGUACGAUAUUGGGCGAGUUUGAAUUACGAAGCACACCGACAACGUACAACAGUGCGCUACGCGUCGCACAAAUAGGGUUUGUCCUCCCAACACUCCAAUAUGGCCGAGGAAAAGAGACGCAGCCCUCUCAAGGUGGCUGCAGUGGUGGCCAUGUAUUGGAGCAUCUCUAUAUCCAUGGUGUUUAUCAUGAAACAUUUGCUGAGUGGUAGCUAUGGCAACCAGGACCUCACCAUCUUCGUCACAUGGUACCAGAGCGCUUCUGUAGUUGUGCUCAUCUUGGCUAUGUCAUCAGCAUCAAGACUCCUUAAGUUUGGAUUGAGUAUUCCAUCCCUGGACAAAGAAACUAUCCUAAACAGUGACAUGCUAUCACUUAGCUUUUCAUUUGUGAUCAGUCUCACCAUGAACAAUCUGAUGUUGAAACAUAUCAGUGUGUCGUUUUAUCAAGUUGCACGAUCACUGACGCUUAUCUUCUCUAUACUGUUGUCAUUCUGUAUGUUGGCAAAAGCUCCCUCUUACAAGGUAGUGUUGGCCUGUUUGCUCAUCAUCGCUGGGUUUGUUAUUGGGGUGGACCAAGAAGAGGCUUCAGGUAGUAUCACAAUUUGGGGAAUUAUCUACGGACUACUGGCAAGUCUUACAUCAGCUUUAACAGGUAUAUAUUUCAAGAAGGGGGAAUAUGCAGUCGGUGGAAGUGCUCUGAAACUGGCUUACAUCAAUAACUUCAACAGCAUGAUGAUAAUAUUUCCACUAGUGUUGAGCACAAAUCAGCUGUCACAUAUCAUGAACUCGGACAUAGCUACCAACCCACAGCUGUGGUUGUUCCUAACAGCUUCAGGAGCUCUGAGUCUGGCAAUUGGUUGGGCAAGUGCAUUACAGAUUCGCUACACUUCCCCAGUUACUCAUCAGAUCAGCAUCAACGCUAAGUCCAUUACUCAGACAGUCAUCGCAAUCUUAUGGAACAACGAACUUAAAACUGUAUUCUGGUGGUUUGGCAAUGUCCUUGUGUUGUUUGGAAUAGGCAUCUACACCUUUGCUAAAUAUCAAGAGAGCAAGACCCAAAAGGUUGAGACUUCACCAAUGCCCACAAAGAACAAUUCCAGUAGCAGCUCUUCACCUGAGAAGCCAACUGUGUGAAGGCACUGAGAAAAUAAGACUUUUAUUGUGUUAAUGUUUUACCAGUAUCUGAAACUAUCAUUCUAAAAAUAAGGUCUUUGAAUAUGUUGCCUGAAUCUGAAUAUUUUUCUGUCUUGUCAUAUUUAAUUAUAACCGUUUUGCGUUGCUUGAUCCCAGAGUGGGGCUUACAUUAUGGUGCUAUGUUUAUGCAUAAGUUCUCUUCCCAAGUAGUCUUUGUCAUUGGAAUCGUCUCACAGAGCAGAAGAAAACCGCUUGAAAACCAAGCACCAUGACAAAUGGCAUAAUAUAGAAAACUUCAAUAUUUACUCUUCUUGAGAAUAAUUCUGGUGAAGAUAAGGACUGGCAGUUAUGCCAUAUAUCCUGGAUAAUGUAUUACUGUCAACCUUUAUACACAUAACACCUUUGUAUUUAUUAAAUAUUGCUCAGUA